CGGAUCUGGCAACCCGGGAAGCUCCGCGCGAAUAGCUCAAAAACAACAGACCAAAACAAGAGCGAAAUGUCCGAGAUUCUGCGGGUUUCUGCGGUUUAUAAGUGAACCUCAUAAUCCCACACUUUCAUGACACAUACAGUUGGUUUAAAUUGAAGUCCAAGACAAACCCUACAGAAUGAGUCGGAAGCUGACCAAAGAGGAGCUGGAUCACCAAUUUGAGCUUUUUCUCAAAGAGUCCAUCUCUGAUGAUUCGGUGGAUUUGGGGAAUGUGGAGAAGGCGACGGGAGCCAAAGAGAAAAGUCCAAAAUCAGCCCCAAAGCCCUCGGUGUCCUGGUGGGAGGAGGACCACGACAAAGGGCUCGUGGGAUCAGGGAAGAGUUUUCUCAAAUCUCUUCGCAAAUCUCAAACAAUUCGAGAGGAAGAAGAAUCCAGUGUCCAAACCAGAACUCCAAAAGAUGACACCGCAGAGACACAUGGUGUGACUCCGGCCCUUUCCUCCAUGUUGGGACUGGACACUUUGGAGGAGGCGCAGGAAAAGGAGAAGUUUUUCACUGAACUCGAGGCCGGAGCGUCGUCCACCAUCGAUUACUCCAAACUCAACAAAGACCUGGACUCUGCCUCCUCCACUGUCGAGCCGGAACAAAGAAAAACUGAGCAGGUGUCACUGGAUAAAGACAAAGAAAAUUCCAGAGAGUCUCCAGGUUCCCCACACUACAGUGAUGACUUUGAAGAGGAAGGAGACGAGAAGGAACCAGAACAAGAACCAGAACAGAAGCCAAAGAUAUCUCAGAUUCUUGCUAAAGGUAAGAUGGACUUCAAACGAUGCAUGGCAGUAUUGUAUUACAUUAUGAACUUAGAAACCUCAUUGAUCCACAAAGGACAUUAUUUGGACACUUGGACAACGUCCCUUUCCUCCGGCUCGUCUCUGUCCCGUCAGAGGAGACCCACAGCACCUCAGCCCCGAGGCCGCUCUCUGGACUCCAGGACCACAGUGACAUCACGGCCCUCCUCAGGACCAGGAUCGGGACCAGGACCAGCGACGAUCCAGACCAAGACCAAAUCCAAACCCUCAGUGUCUCAGCCUCGCAGCACCGGAGUCUCCAAAAAACCAGAAAAAACCAAGACCCAGACAGAGCCAGGACUGGAGGGCAGAGACCUGGUGGCAUCGGUCCAGUCGUUGGUGUCUGUUCUUCAGCAGCAAAUCAACACGAAAGACAGAGAACCAGCACCGCAACUCUCUCCCAUCAGACAGACAGCAGAGUUGUCAGCGUUGGAGGAUCUUAAGGCCCAGCUGCUUGAGAAGGAAAAACUAAUUCAAAAACUGAAACAGGAUUUAGAGGAAGUCGACGCUCUCAAACAACACAACUACCUACUGCAGAGCAAGUUGCGCAGUGCAGAGGAGGCCCUCCAGAAGAACAGACUCACUGACGCCUCAGACUCCAGACAUCAGGACAAACUCCAACAGAUCGACAAAGAGAUGAAGGUGCAGGAGACGCUCAUACAGGGAUAUCAACAGGAGAACGAGCGCUUGUACCAGCAGAUGAAGGCGCAGCAGGCGAGGAGCAAAGCCAACGAGGACGUCAUGUUUAAGGAGAACCAGAGGCUGCUCAGCGAGUUAGCGUCAACCAGAGAACAGCUGGACAAAGCGCAGAGGCCUGUGUCAAACUUGUGCUCUAUGGGCCACAGCCAGAGAAUCACACAACUGUUGGACCAAAUCAACACUCUCCAGAGGAGUGAAGAGAGGCAGAAGGAGGAGAUCUUGAGUCUGAAGCAGGAGAAACAGACUUUAGAGGUUGACUUACUGGCUGCUGAGGGACCAGAUCAGAGACCUGACCAGAGACCAGACCAAAGACCAGGAUCAAGGCCGGACCAGGACCAACAGCAGGAUCAAAAUCAGAUGCGAGAACAUGUUCAAGACCAUGAAAUUGUGCUGCGUGUGAUGAAGCAGAAGCACCAGGAGGAGGUAACAGAACUGAAGAAAAGGUUAAACUGGUUCACUGAAAACCAGGAACUUUUGGAUCGAGACGCUGCACGACUCCGAGCAGCCACAGAGGAAAUACUGCAACUCAAAGAACAGGUUGAGAAGUUGACGAUGGAGGCGACCAAACGGAGCCGUGAGCAGCAGAGAAAAACCAGGGAGCGAUCUGCAGAUGCCAAGAGGACCCAGGCUCUGGAGAAACAGGUGAAGGAACUGGAGCAGAUCUUACGCAGCCGAAACCCAAACUCUCUACCAGCGCUGAUAUUCGCCGCGGCCAGUGCGCAACACCCCACCCACUCCUCCUCUGACCCUGCACACCCCUCAUUCGACCCUGCCUCCUCCUCUCUUCCCUCUCGUGUCACCGUGCUGCUGGAGAGAAGAGUUCAGAGGCUGGAGGCUGAGCUGGAAGCCCACGACGAGGAGGCCAAACGCAGCCUGAGAGCCAUGGAGCAGCAGUUUCAGGCCAUCAGGAUGCGUUACGAGCAGCAGAUCGCGGAGCUGGAGCAGCAGCUGGAGCAGCAGCUGGAGCAGAAACAUCAGAAGGAGCAGGGUUCAGAUCCUGAGCUGGUCCAGGGUCUUAGAGAGGAGCUGAAGAGAGAGAGAGAUGCCCACAGACAGAAGGAGACAACACUGCAAAGCCAGCUGAACGAUCUACAGCAGCAGCUAAAACUCAAGUCACACUCUAGUCCGAGUCGGCACCAGCGUCAGGCGGAUGCAGCGUUCGGACUCCGGAUCGAGCGUCUGAACCACGAGCUGAGCACAAAGUCUCGGACCAUCCAGGACCUGACCAGGACCGUGGAGCGACUGCAGAGGGAGCGGCGGAGCAUGCUGUCUGUCCCCGUCCCGAGAGCAGAGGGCUGGGCUGCGAACGAGAGGAGGCAGGCUGCGGCAAACAAACCCGCCCCAGAUCCGGACGUGACCAAAGAAAUGUUCCCUGCUCUGAGUGUGUGCGAGAAGACCUACCAGCCCACAGUCUUCACAGACAGUCAUGUGUCGGAGGUGCAGCAGGAGAACGCGGCUCUGAAGCUGAAGUUGCAGCAGAUUCAGUCGGACUCGGAGCGAGAGAGAGAGGAGCUGAAGACGGCUCUGAGCCAAACGCAGGAGCAGAUCAACAGGCUGCAGGAGGAGCAUGCUCAGCAGCUGUCCUCGCUCCAGGCCCAGAGCAUCAAGGAACAGGCUCAGCUCCGCUCCACCUUUGCCCUGGAACACUCCGCCUCUGCAGUCGCACAACUGACCAACCAGCUCCACGCACAACAGAUUGUGGUGCAGCAGCUUCAGGAGCAGCUCAGCGAGGCUCAGAGCUGGAAACAGGCUCUGAACGUGAGCCGGGCCAGAGAGGAGGCUUUGCAGACACAGCUGUCGCGUUGUCUGGAGGACCUGAAGGAAGCCCGGGACAAUCAGAGUCCUGAGGUCAAACUGCUCUGGAGUUUAGAGAAAAAAGUGCAGAACAUGAAGACGAGACAACAGCACCGCGACAGAGAGCUGCAGCAGGUGAUCAGCGCAGCUCUCCCGGGGAACGUGCACCUGCAGUCGGAGGUGGAGCGGUGGAAACGUUUGGCUCAGAACAAAACCCGGGAGCUGGACUCUUUCAGACUGGAGCUGGACUCGAUCCUGGACAUCGUCAGACACUUACAGAGGCAGGGCGUGGUUCUGCCGGUUCCUGCUCCGCUUAUCGCCGCUCCGCCGACCAGAAGAUGACAGUGUGGAGGUGUUUUUCAUCCACACGUUUGAGUAGUUUAAAGUGGCACUAAACACCUAAACUCACUAACAGAUUUCAGAUAGAGCUGAUAAACUGGGCCGAACCUUACGGACUAAAAGGGAGAGUGAGGCGGGAGGAGGGACGGGUCUGUGGAGUGUAAGGUGCGCCGCGGACUGUUCAGGUGUGACGCACACUAUAUGUGCACACCGCGGACUGUACGGGUGCAAACAACAAUCUUUAAAAUAAAUUUGAAAAUUUGAAAAUUUUAAAGAAAUUGCUCUAUCAAGUCAUAAAAAUUUAUAAUUUAAUUAUUUGUUAAUUAGUAACUUAAUUGGUUAAUAGUUGUUAUAUUAGUCGAUUAAUCAAAAAAAAUUGUCAUUAGAUUAAUCAAUAAGAAAAUAAUUGUUAUUUUCAGCCCUAAUAAGGAACAGUGUAAUUGGUCUAACUCUAACAGUUAUCUAUACUUCAGCCUCUGCCCCUGCAGUAAUGUAAUAGUCUGGUCAGGGCAGUCUUUUGUGAUGUCACCAACUACUUGACAUUUCAGAGGCCACACAAAGGCAGGACAAACUUAGAUUUAGGCCUUUUUGACCAGAAAGCUACAAAUAUUCCAAGUUUGCACCAAGAUUGUCACAAAAUAGUAAACUAAUGCUAUUAAAACACCAUAUACACAGAUUAGAAGCAAAAAAGUGGAUUUAGUUUUUAGUUCCACUUCAACAUAAUAUAUUUUGGCAGCUAUUUUUCGUAGCCUAAUUUAAACAGCUUCUCUCUUUGGUGCACACACAGCUGGAGUUCUUGCGCCCUUUGCUGACAGUUUUUUUCCUUCAAUAUUUAAUACGGUUUUUGAAUUCAGAAUAAUUAUUUUUUAUGGUUAAGACUGAUGUAGUUACAGAACUCUAACACGUUUCAAUAUUUAAAAUUAUUACAAGCUAAAGACUGAAUGUGCACUGUUUUAUUUCAACAGAUGUUUAGUUUUACCCAAUAAAUACCCAUUCUUUCUUGAAAAUGAAUAAAUAAAAAUAGAAAUUCUCUUGUGAAAAGUGUGAAGCUGUAGGAUUAUGUUGAAAGUGUUAAUUUAAUCCACUAGGUGCCAGUAUAGAACAAUUGUUGAUGUUGCACUGCUAGAACUUUAUCUGAAUUUCUCAGGAUCUGAAAAAAACUUGUGAAUGUAAACACUUUUGUACCUGUUUUGUUAUAAUUUUUAUUUAAAUUAUUACAAAAUGUUUCAAUAAAUGUAUCUUAUUUAUUUCA